UGCCUGGAUGGGAUCGACUACGAUGACUUCAAUUUCGGCUCCCACAUGAUGGAGCAGAAGGAGCCCCUGAUAGAAACGGUGGAAGGGCCCUACCUUGUCAUCAUCGAGCAGCCGAAGCAGCGCGGGUUCCGGUUUCGGUACGGCUGCGAGGGCCCGUCACACGGGGGGCUGCCGGGAGCAUCCAGCGAGAAGGGGCGCAAGACCUAUCCCACCGUCAAGAUCUGCAACUACACGGGGAUGGCCCGGAUCGAGGUGGACCUGGUGACGCACAGCGACCCUCCCCGCGUGCACGCUCACAGCCUGGUAGGCAAGCAGUGCAACGAGGCUGGCAACUGCGUCGCCAUCGUGGGACCCAAGGACAUGACGGCUCAGUUCAGCAACCUGGGUGUGCUCCAUGUCACCAAGAAGAAUAUGAUGGAGAUCAUGAAGGAAAAGCUGAAGCAGCAGAAGAUACGCAACAGGAGCCACGCACUGACGGAAGCGGAGCAGCGCGAGAUCGAGCUGGAGGCGAAGGAGCUGAAGAAGGUGAUGGACCUGAGCAUCGUGCGGUUGCGCUUCACAGCCUACCUCCGUGACAGCAGCGGAAACUUCACGCUGGCCCUCCAGCCCGUCAUCUCGGACCCCAUCCAUGACAGCAGUGAGUGUGGGGCCAGGCCAGGGAGAGGAUGGGACAGGGCAGGACAGGAGUCCCCUGGAGCUUCCAACCUGAAGAUCUCGCGGAUGGAUAAGACAGCAGGCUCCGUGCGGGGAGGGGACGAGGUCUACUUGCUGUGUGAUAAAGUUCAGAAAGAUGACAUCGAGGUGCGUUUCUACGAAGAUGACGAUAACGGCUGGCAGGCCUUUGGGGACUUCUCCCCCACUGAUGUGCACAAGCAG